AUGCGGGCCUGGGUGGUGCGGGGCCUGGCCCUCUGCUUCCUGCUGGCCGCGCUCACAGGGGCCAAGCCUGUGCAGGAGACAGCAGAUCCCUACGCACAGCCCCCGGCCAUGCCGUACUGGCCUUUCUCCACCUCUGACUUCUGGAACUACGUGCAGUACUUUCAGACCGUGGGUGCCUACCCGCAGCUGGAGGGCUUGGCCCGCACCUUCUUUGCCCACUUCCCCCUGGGGAACACCCUGGGUUUCAAUGCUCCCUACUGGGAGGACUGA